AACGAUAUUCUAUUAGUGUUUGUUGUGCUGUCAGUCCUAUAACUUAUAAGCCUUUCAUAUCAAUGCAAUAUUAUCACAAUCACUAUAAUCACCGAAAAUGGCCAUUGUCAUCAAUGAGGUAGAUAUCGGCCAAAAGUGUAACGAUUGUCACACAUGUGUCGGCUUUGAAGCACAUCUCUGGCGGAAAGUGUGUACCAACUGUAAGUGUCCGCGAGAUUCACACGCUGUCUAUCACGAAGAGUUUGUUGACGUUAGACAAAGAUUAGGAUUGAAAAAGGAUGGAUCAGAUUAUAAGGAGAGGACAUUACAAGAGGGAUAUUCUUGGGUUCCCACAGGCAUCACAAGUGAAAAGAUUGAACAGUACUUUUUGCAACUACCUGUCCAAAAAGUGCCUCGUUUAGGAACACAGGGCCAAAAAUACAGGGACCGACAGAUAAUCAUGCAAUUGCCCAAACAGGACCUGGCACUAGCCUAUUGUAAAUUUGUUGAACGAGAAAAUUGGAAAUAUUUUGAAGAUUUUGUUCACAAUAGAAAUGUGAACGCAUUGGAAAUCGGAUCAAUCAAAUUAUUCACUGAUAGUAACAACAACACUUGUAAAACUUGCAACAAAUCUAUUGGCGUUCAAGAGGUUUGUGUAGUGGCGUCAAAGUUUGGCGAUGAGGUCCAGUGGCACCCAAACUGUUUCAUAUGCAACGUUUGCCAAGAAUUAUUGGUAGACCUGACCUACUGUGCAAAAGAUGACAAACUCUACUGUGAAAGACAUUACGCGGAGACCAUAAAGCCUAGAUGUAGUGCAUGUGAUGAGUUGAUCUUCUCCGGCGAAUAUACGAAAGCCAUGGGUAAGGAAUGGCAUACCAAUCACUUCUGUUGUUGGAAGUGUGAUCUGACACUCAGUGGUCAACGAUAUGUCAUCCGAGAGGGUCACCCGUUUUGUAUCAAAUGUUACGAACAGAGCCACGCAAAUGUAUGUGAAGAGUGUACGAAACCCAUUGGCAUUGACUCAAAGGACUUAUGCUAUAAUGAGAAGCACUGGCACGAGGCAUGCUUUGUGUGUCGCAAAUGCAAGAAAUCACUGGUCGACGACAGGUUUGGCACCAAAAACGAUGCCGUCUAUUGUGGCGACUGUUACGACAUGGAGUACUCACCGAGAUGUGAUGGAUGUGGGGAACCAUUUAAAGCUGGUCAUAAAAAGAUGGAGUAUAAGGGAAAGUCAUUACAUGAGCAGUGUUUUACUUGUUUUAAAUGUCAGGUCCCGAUCGGUACCAAAUCAUUUGUUCCGCGAGAAAACGACAUAUUCUGUAGUGAAUGCUAUGAGCUUAAGUAUGCCGUCCGGUGUGUCAAAUGCAGUGAAGUAAUAAAUGGUGACGGACUGACCUUCAAGGACGAGCCCUGGCAUAAGGAGUGUUUUGCUUGUAGUAAAUGCAAAAAACUGAUUUCGGGCAAUAAGUUUUCAAUGAAAGACGACAACCUAUACUGUUUGGACUGUUUUGGCGAAGUCUAUGCGCACAAGUGUUCCUCGUGUAACAAACCAAUCAUAUCGGGCAAUCCCGGCGGUACCCGAUUUGUGGCCUUCGAGGAUAGGAAUUGGCACAGCGAUUGCUUUAAGUGUUCCGCCUGUCAGAUAACGUUAUCGGGAAGGGGUUUCAUUAUGGACGGUCCGGAACUGCUGUGCGCCGAAUGUGCAAAAUCUAGACUAAGCCUCUCAUAAAAGUGAUGGCAGUCCACGAAAAAAAUCAUUGUUUUUUUUGUUAUACAUUAUAUACAGUAACAAUUAUUAUAGAAAUUAUGUUGAUUAUUAUAUCUAUUAUCAUAUAUUU